CCACUUGCACGGUUGCACCCAUCUAUAUAUAGACGCACAAAAGCUAAAACGUAAUUACCCAUCUCCAUCAUAUCAUCAUUAGCAUAACCAUCUCAAUCAUCAUCGUCUCAUUUGCCUGAUCAGCCAAGAGAGAUAUAUAUCGAGCUACUGAGCUGAGCCAGGAUCAACAAUGGCCGCCGCAGCCGCAACCGACGACUACGACGCGGCGACAGCGCUCGCCGAGUUCCACGCGACCCGCGGCGGCGUCCUGGGCCUCAUCGACUCCGGCGCCAUCGCCGCCGCCGCCGCCAUUCCUCCCCUCUUCCUGGCGCCCAACAGCCGCCUCUGCUCGCCACCCAUCGCGCCGUCCACCUUCGUCAUCCCGACCGUCGAUCUCUCCCUCCCGCGCCCGUCCCUCGUGGCCGCCGUCCGCGCCGCCGCGCAAAGCUGCGGCUUCUUCUACGUCACCAACCACGGCAUCCUUGAGUCCGUCGUCUCCUCCGCCGUCUCCGCCGUCCGUGCCUUCCACGAGCUUCCCCUGGCCGUCCGAUCGAGCUUCUACUCGCCGACGCCCGUCGACGGGGUGCUCUACUACACCAUGCCGAACGACCCGCCGCGCCGCGCCGCGGACCCGGAAGCUCUCCCCGUCCUCCCAUGGCGCGACACGCUCAUCGUCUCCGUCUCCCCCGGCGCCGGCGCCGGUGGUGGGAUCGAGCGGCUCCCCUCUGAGUGCCGGGAUGCAUUGAAGGAGUACAGAGACGCGGUGUCGGAGCUGGGGAAGGAGACGCUCUCCGGGCUGCUGUCGGAGGCGAUGGGGGUCGGGGCGGGGAGAAUGGAGUCCGCGGUGGCGCCCGAGACGGCGCUCAUGGCGUGCCACUACUACCUCCCCUGCCCGGAGCCCGCGAGGGUGGUCGGGAGCUUGAACCACACCGACGCCUGGCUCUUCGCCGUGCUCGCGCAGGACGAGGUCGGCGGGCUCAUGGCCCGCGUCGCCGCCGUCGUCCCCACCGGUGCCGGCGCCGGAGACGAAGAAGACCAAGGGGAACAACAAUGGGUGGAGGUGCCGAAAGUAGCCGGGGCGCUGCUGGUGAACGUCGGCGACGUGCUGAAGGUGCUCUCGAACGACGGGUUCAGGAGCGUGCUGCACGAGGUGAGGAUCAAGUCGAGGGAGGAAGCCAGGGCGUCCGUGGCCGUCUUCUUUAAUCCAGGUGAUAGCGCCGCCGUGGUCGGCCCGCUGCCGGAGCUGGUGAAGGCGGGGGAGACGGCGAGGUACCGGAGCUUCACCGUGGCCGAGUUCAUGGCCGCCAGGAAGGAGCUCGGCCAUGGCGGCGCGUGGGUCGAGCGGUUCAGGGCUUGUGAGCAAGAAAAGCAGCCUUUGAUUUAAUCAGUGUCGAUCAGCUGAUUCUCGAUCUCAAGUUUGUUUGCUGGGUUAAUUACUUCGAUGUAAUUUGAAGUCCCGAUCGUUUAUGUUUGUAAUAAUGUCUUGAAAAUUAUACUGUACGUCGGAAUUUCAAACAUGAAUAUUUUUUUAUUUUGAGCGGAAUUUCAAAUAUGAAUAAGACUUGCUGUGA